CAAGACUUUCAGCUGUUCCUUCCCGUACGCGUACCUUGGAAAUGGAAUUUUCCGACGGCUUGGUUAUGUGGCUGACGUUAGCUAAAGGCCAUCUAAGGUUAAGUCGAGUGGGGCCCCAGGCUUAACAAUUGAAUCUUAAGGCCUGGGGACAGAGCGCCAUUCACCCCCACCAAAAUUUCAACUUCAAAGGCUCAGCCCUUCAAAGUUCAGGGGUCUAGAACCAAUUCAAUUCAUCAUUCUCCAUUCUCCAUCACCCGCUACGCAUUGUCCGACAUGCAUAUCAUCACAAGGCUGUAGAGCAGCCCACCCCAGACCUCGGCCGCCAGACCCAAUUUCGAUGACCGACCGGAUACGAAGCUAGAAAUGUCUACUUCUAGCCUUGGCUCCUCGGCGACAACCGCGGCAUCAAAACCUAUGUGCGAUGGACCAUCACCACCAUUACCACCACCGCAACCCGGAAUAACGCGUGCGGCCACUCUACCCAUCGAGUUACAUUCGCCGCGAACCGCCCGAUCCCACCUUGCGCCCGAAGAUGCCUUCAAUACAGCACCGCUCUCGCGGCGACAAUCGGGUUUCGAACCCAACGGCAUCAACGACAGCCGCGGUGAGUCGCGGUCGCGGAAGAUGAGCUCGAAGCUUGGCAGUCGGAGCAGGAGCCGUCGCCGGCGACGCAAUUGGAAGAAACUACUCUGGGUGAAACAAUCUUACCCGGAUAACUAUACAGACCAAGCCACCUUCCUCGAGAACCUCCAGCGCAACCCGCGUCUCCAACCAUACGAAUUCUGGCCUCUCGUAGCCGACUCGACCGUGAUCCUACAGCAAGUGUGUUCCGUUACCAUAUUCGUCGUGUGUUUUGUCGGGAUAUUCCAAGAGCGCGUGUCCCCUGUGGCCGUUGUGAGCUGGGGCAGCUUCGCGACAUUUGUGGGAUGGUUGUUGUGGGAUUGGUGGGUUGGUCAGGAAGACGAAGACGAGGCUUUGCAGAGGCGCCGUAGUAACCGCAGCCGAUCAACAAGAGACCAGAGUAGGAGAGGCCGGUUUAAUGCCGCGGGAGGAGGUACGCCGUCUGCCGGAAGUUCGGUAACCAAUCUAGCAGCGACGGAACGGACAUAUCCACAAGGAAGUCUAGUGGCUACGCGACAGUCCCACUCCGCAUCGGCCACAUCUCUCCAGUCCAACGCAUCGCAAGGCCGACGGUCAUCCGAGUCUAUGGAAGUGCCGACCCAUCGUCCAUCUUCUCCGCUACGUAAUGGCAGGGCCAAUCUCCGCCUCAGCACGAUCAAAUCCGCUAUUCUUAUAUAUUUUACCCUCCUUGGAUUAUCACCUAUCCUAAAAUCUCUAACUCGAUCUACUUCAUCCGAUAGCAUCUGGGCUAUGUCAUUUUGGUUAUUAGCGCUAAAUAUCUUUUUCUACGAUUACUCCUCGGGACCCGUUAAAUUCCCGGCAUCACUCUCUACAAACGCGGCGUUAAUGGCGUCUACGGUGCUCGCCUCGCGGCUGCCCUCCACGGGACAAGUUUUUAGCCUCACGUUAUUCAGCAUCGAAGUGUUUGGCCUUUUCCCCGUCUUUAGACGCUAUGCCCGCCACCACAGUUGGAAAUACCACGUCGCUCUCUCUGCGCUACUCGUGAUCGGCGCUGGGGGCGGAGUCGGCCUGAUACUAGGCGGAGAUAGGGACGACGUGUGGCCGUGGAAAAGCGGGCUCUUGGGGGUUUUAGUAGCGACUGUCAUUGCCGUCGUCGCCAUGGGCGGCUGCAGCUGGUGGCUUAUUGGCCUCCAGAAGUAUAAGAACGCUAUCAACGGACCUUGGGACCAGGCUAGGCCUAUCAUUAUUAGUAGAAGACUCUGGGACGACGAAUGAAUUGGUUUGUGGUGAUAGAAGAGAGCCGACGAGCGAGUUGCUUUGUAUAUAGAUAGCGUUUAGGCUCGGUAGCGAUGUUAACUUGGAAAAUUCAUAUGGUAAA